UUAGACCACCAUUAUCAGGCGAUCCUUAGCAGGGUUUUUAGGUUAAUGAGUGAUUUAUUUAAAUAAAAAAUAAAUUAAAGCCUUGUAACCGAUCCUUAAUUAGCCAUUUCUGAUAUCGAUCUUUACAAAGGUUAUACAACCACGUGUCAUCAUUGAGGGAAGACGAAAACGUUGAUGACCGAUGGCGUUCUACAGAUCUCUACGAAAGCUAGCUGAAACCAAUCCCCUUAAAAAGGCCAGAUUAUUUUUCCAGCUUCCGGCGGUGGAGCCGUUUCUCCGAUCGCACCGUUGUUUCCGCCGCGCCGCUCCCACAUUACAUGCACAGAUUGCCUCCCCUUUCCUAAUGGUUCGUCCCUCUCCACGGACCUCUAUUCCUCUCUUCUCCACCCUGGAAACUGCUCCAGUCCGCGACGCCUCUUCACUGGCGAGGAAACGGCGCGUCUUGAGGAAGGUCAAGGCUCUGAGCGUUAGAUUGAUUUGUGGUGAUGAUGGUAGAGUUCGAGGAUGGAAAUGGAGAGACUUUGCCUAUUCUACAGAGAACCAUGUCAAGCCAUUGCUUGAAUUGAUUAAUCCACAACACAAGGACUUUUGUUUUUCUAUGGAGUGCCUUUGGCUCACACCCUUUGAGCUCUCGACUGAAGCUCCUCCCCCUGUAUCAUCGUCAAGCAACCAGUACUUGUGACUCUCAUUGAGGUAUGUCUAACUCUGGGAACUCACAUCUUCCGCGAGGUAGCCUUGCUGGGCUCGAGCCGAUGAGUUUCAUUACCUUGGCAACACCUCGUCUAGGAGUGAGAGGCAAAAAGCAGGUUCUAUCCAUUUCCUGUUAUAAUAAUUGGAACUCAUCAAUUGUUUAGUAUGAUGUUAAAACAGUAGUUCUUUGGUCCCUCCCAUUUUGGAAUUAUGAGACUGAUCAUAGAAGAAAUUGUAGUGUCCACUCUAGCUCAACCCCCAUAGCGAUUUCUGAGUAAAAAGAAAACAAAAUUUUCUUUGAGGUUAUGAUCUCGCUAAAAGAAAAUCAAAAUGAAACAAUUGUUUGUAGAGAUUCACUAGAGAUGUUUUUGGCAGUUCAUAUAAUUCAAAAUUUUUUUUUUUAAGAAACUUUAAUUAAGAAACUCCCAUUGGACCACUUAAAAUGAGAGUUUCUUAACUAAAGUUCUUAGGUUAUUUUUAUUAAUUAAAAACUCACUAAGAAACCUAUUUGGGGUGAUAUGGAUAAUCAUGCUCUUAGUCUCCUUUUGGUUUUAAAUAAACAAUGUUUUAGAUAAAAAAAAAUAUUUUAAAUUAUACACUUUUCGAAGUGAAAUUUAUAAUUUUUAUAUUGUAUGAUUCUUAUAUUGUACAGUCUAUUUUUUUGUUUGUUGAAUUGUAAUUAAGUAGAUAUAUAGUUGAUGAUAUUUUGGUUUAAAAUAUAAAAAUUAAAUAUUUUUAUAAUCUAUCUAUAUAAAAAUAAAAUGUUAGUAUUCUGUCGAAAACUAAGAAAUACUAGUAAAUUUUAAAAACAUCACAUGCCGUGGGCCCACGUUUUAAGGAAUCUUCAUUGUUUUUUUUUGUCAAAGGAAUCUUCAUUGUUUUAGUCCCAUUGUAUUGUGAUUAAACAAAAGAAAAAGAGCUAAUUAGGUAGAUAUACACAAAAGAAGUGAGAUACCAUGGUUUUUGGGGUAUGAACGGGGUAAAAAAUGGGGAGAAAUAGGGUAUACACCUAAAUAUGAUAUAAUGUUUGGGUAGGGAGUGCAUUUACUUAAAGAAAAAAAACAACAACUAUGUUUCAAUUUAAUAAAAAAAAUUAGUAGGCUGGCGUGCACUUCAUAUUCAUAUUCAAGAUGAAAAUCAGUAAGUUUUUCUUUCGGACAAUGAAAAUCAGUAAGUUUACAAAUUGUUAUUAUAUUAUGACUUUUGAGAGAAAUGAACUAUAUAAAUUCCUGCAAGGUCAAAUUUCUGAACGGAGUUAAAAGAGAUAAAACCCUUCAAAAUUGAUUCCAAGGAUUCAAGAUUUUAUAUGUUCCACAGAAGCAAAAUAUAAUUUUUGAUUUUUUUAACUAGAACUGUUCAAUAAUUCCAUAUAUUUUUUUAUUAUAUCAGUUUUUUAUUCCGAUCUGGCUUUUUAUAUCACAUCAAACCUGAAUGAUAUAAAAUAGUUGAUUAAUUUCAAAAGCUAUAUUAUAAAAUAUUAAACGAUUCCAUUUUAACAUUACAAAUAGACAUCCACACCUAUAAACCAUGAUUACCAAUUUACCAUUACUUGAUACAACAGAUAUUUUAUUUGGGGUUUACCAACUAUACGGAUUUUUGAGAUAUCUAUUAUUUUUUGAAAAAUAUAUAUAAUUUUGAUUAAAAAAUUAAAUUAACAGACAGGAACAAACAUUAUUUGAUCUUGCUUUUUUAAAUAAAACUAUAAAAUUCUAUGUUCAUACUGUUUUCCUUUCUUCAAAAGUCAAAGAAAAAAAGAAGAAAAAGAUGGAAUAAGAAGAAAAAGGAAAAUGAAAAAUGAAAAUAACAGAAAAAGAAGAAGAUGAAUGAGCACCAUUAUUGGGUUUCUAAAAUGGUUUUUUUUCAAAAAAUGCAAUGUGUGUCUCCACCAAACCAUAAAAAUCAGUCUCCAAAGUCAUGAAAUAAAGAUCUCUUGUGGUGGGUUUUUUGCACUGUUCGCGGGCUAUACCAACACGUGGCGGCUCGCGAUUGGUGCGCCUUUUAAUUUUUAAUUAGACAAAAAAAAAAAUUAGAAACCCUUAAAUAGGUUUUAGGGAUAAUUGUGCUCUAAAGUUCUGAAAAAAAAAAGUACUGUAUUGAUGGUGGUGACAGUAAUAGCUGUGAUGACGGUAUCACGGAUUCACGGUAGUGAUGAUAACAAAAAUAACAAUAUGAAUUCUCAGAAUGAUCAUGUUUAAUUAUUUAAUGAUAAUAAAGUUAGUUGUUUCAUAGCUCAUUAUAUCAUGAUGUAGUCUUAUAAUUGGCUUAAUGUGUUAAUUAUUUAUAUUUCAAAAAAGAAUGAUAUAACAAUGGAAUAAACAUGAUCAAUUAUGAAAUAAUAAGUGAUUUACUAUAACUUGACAAAAACGUGAUUUACUAUGAUAAUUUUAUAUUUAAUGAAAUAAUAAUUUAUUUUAAUAUGAAAUUUUAUAUUAAAUUGUUAAAAAUAAUAUUUUAAAAUUUCCCCAUUAUUUUAGAGUGUUACAAACAUCUAUAUUAUUAAAAUUGAAGUACUGUUUGAAAACAUAGAUAACAAUAUUAAUGAGAAUUGUUUCGAAACAUGGAUAACAAUAUAAAACAGAAGUAUAAUAUCAUUUUAGUAAUUUCAUUAAUUAUCUUUCCAUACUUCACUCAGUUUAACAAUUUCAUUAAUUAUACUACAUUAACAAUACAUCACAUAAUUAAUUAUAUUACCAUAAUAAUAAUAGUGCAAAUUUUUAUUUACUAGUUAAUCAACAUGAACUUUGUGGCAUAUAUAAAAUAAAAAAUGUAAAAUAAAUAAGUUUUGCAUAUAGUUAGACGUUCGGCUUAGUUUGUUUUACUAAACCUUUUUUAUUUUAGUUUCAAUCGCUGAAAAAUUACGUAUGCAAAAACAUAAUUCAAAGACAUGUUUUUAUGAAUAAAAUAAUAAUUUAAAUCAAAAUAAUAAAAAUAUAUUACAUUUAUUAUCACUUAAUUUUUCACUCCAUAUAAUUAUUUUACAAAAUAAUUUUUUUUUCUAUUUCACAUAAUUUAGCCAAACACAUAGAAAUAGUCCUUUUUAUUAGUUUAUAGAAUUAGUUAGGCAUUAACAUUGUCUAUCCAUUUAGGUACAUAUUGUUUUUUUCUCGUAUCAUUUUUUUUAAAUUAGGCAUCGCUUGAAUAUUAUAAAUUAAUAUGUGGGUUUUGAGUUGGGUUUUUCUGGGUUUGGAUGAGUUUGGUUCUCAUGUAUAGGAACCUAAAAAUAUAUAAAUAACAAAUGUAUCUGAAAUGGGUUCAGAUAUUUUUACCAAAAAUAAUCAUAUUACCCGCUUUGGUCUAGGUAUUUUGAAUACAAUUAUUUAUAUUAUGAUCCGUCUAAAAUAUAUAACACUAAUUAUGAAAAAUAAAUAUCAAUAUAUAAAAAUAUAAGAACCAAUAUCUGCGCGAGUGCACGGAUCAAUCUCUAAUAAUAUAUUAUUGUUGACACGCUAAUAUGUAAUAAUUGUUAUCUUAGUCAUGGAAAAUAUUUUGAAUACUAUUAUUAUUUAUCUUAAAAUGUUACAUUGAAUAUAACAUGUUACUAUAAUAGUUAGUAUGCUAAAAUAUAUUUUUAUGAAAAUAACACGAUUGUAUAUAGGCAUGGGCAUUCGUGGCCAAUUGGGUUUCGGUUUUAUCCAAUCGGAUCUUAAUUUUUCGGGUUUAUCAAAAUCAACCAUUUUUGGGUUAUAUGAAAAUUCGGAACCGGUUCGGAUUCUAUCGGAUUCGGGUCAGGGUUCGUAAAUCUUCAAAGAAUCGGUACAACCGAUGUACUUUUGGGUUUGGGUCCCAAUCGGUUCUUCGGUUUAAAAGUACUUGAUUUAUACCUAUUUUGUAAUCAAAACAUAAGUAAAAUUAGUUCUUCGGUUUUAAAGUAUUUGAUUUGUACCUAUUUUAUAACCAAAACAUAAGUAAAAAUUGAUUCAAAAGUAAAAAAAAAAAUCAAACAGGAUCAUUCAAAAUCAAACAAAAGGUAAACUAGUUAUUGAUAGAAAGAAACUCAAAUAUUAUUCAAUGAAACAAAACCAAAAUCUAAAAAUUUCAAGCCUCAACUGUCACUUUCAACCAUCAACCUUCAUGUUAUAGAUAAUUGUUUUAGAUGUUCAAUUAUAUCUUAGAGUAUUUUGGAUACAUGCUAGGAAUUGAAAUCAUAUUUGGUACAAGUUCUUUUUUUGGGAUUUGAAUGUUUUGGGUUCGGUUUGGAUAAUACCCAUAACCUAAAAUACCAUAAAACAAGAUCUAUUCGGUAUUUAUAUCGGGUUUAGAACGAUUUGGAUUAAUUUUAUCGGAUCGGAUUUGGCUCAGAUUUUUUGUUUUGGUUUAUUUACCCACCCAUAAUAGUAUAGUAUAUUAUAGUGAUAAACAGUGUAAGCUAAUCCAACGUAUAAAAAUUUAUAAUUAUUAAUUAAAUCAAAAUAACAACUGGAGUUUUUUUUCUUUUUCUAAUUCCUAAUUUGUUAUCGGCAUAAACACUUGAGCAUUAAUUACUUUUAACAUUAUUUUAUAAAGUGUUGACAAAAAAAAGCAUUAUUUUAUAAAGCAGAUAUACCACGUAUAUU